CAUCCAACAUCAACUCUCUCACUUUCAUAAUGUCUACGACAGAUUUGGAUCCGGAAGAUGCGAUCACGAAGGAGGAGAUAUCUGGGACCGCUCCUGCGCCGUCAGAAAACGCUGGAGUCGGCAAUAGCAAACCGCAGCGCAAUGCCUUCACAGAGCUGAUGGCCCCAAAGCCUAAAGCGGCUGCGCCGCCAAAGCAAGACUCUUCGAAACCGAGAUCGUUUAGGGAUCGAGAUGGUCUAGGUGCCUAUACCGCCAACCCGACAAAUUACCCAUCAAACCGGGUCAUUUACCACAACGAUGAUUUCGUCGCCAUAAAUGAUCUGUAUCCCAAAUCCACCGUACACACUCUGCUACUCCCGCGAUCAGAUCGUAGUCGUCUGCACCCGGUCGAAGCCCUUGAAGACCCUCAAUUCCUCGCCUCAGUCCAAGCCGAAACUCUCAAGUUGAAGAAGUUAGUGGCAAAAGAGCUGCAACGACGUUAUGGCAAGUUCAGUGAGGCAGAUAAGCAGCGGGAAGCCGUUCUGAACGGCGAGGCAGAAUGGGAUAGUCCCGAGCUCCCCAAUGGACGUGACUGGGAGGCCGAGGUCCUGGUGGGUAUUCAUGCGCAUCCUUCCAUGAACGACUUGCAUGUCCAUGUGCUGUCGAGAGACAUGAUUUCGGAGUGCAUGAGACACAGGAAGCACUUCAACUCAUUCAAUUCACCCUUCCUAGUCGAUGUUGCGGACUUCCCCCUGGCUAAGCAUGAUCCGAGAAGACAUCCUGGCCGCGAGGGUUACUUGGAUAGGGACUUGUUAUGCUGGCGCUGUGGAGAGAACUUUGGGAACAGGUUCAAGAGGCUCAAAGAGCACCUGGAUAUAGAGUUUGAGGCUUGGAAGAAGCAGUAGAUCGGUGCACACCGCAGGUGCAGAUGUAAGCGAUAUAAUCAUAGACGUGUAUACUAGUGUGACCCCUUGCGGCACAGAGUUUCAAGAUGGUACAGACCUCGGG